AUGACAAUUUUAGCCUCAAUCUCAUCAAUUGGAAAUAUUAAAUCAUCAUCAAAAUCCAAUAUUGCCUCAUCAUCAUCAUCAUCAUCAAGUCAAUCAUUAAACUCAAUUCAAUGUUGUUCUUGUAGUCUGGCAUUAGGAAAUACAGUUGGAAAUCUUGUUGGAGGAGUUUUAUUUGGUACUGGUGUUAUUGUUGGUUCAGUAUUAAACACUGUUGGCAAUAUUACAACUCCAAUUCUACAUCCAGAUUGUGGUUGCAACUAA